AGGGAUUUUCAGUAAUGUGCAGUGCAGUCGCGUUAUUAACAGGAGCGCGAGGGCAGCUGCAAACGCGUCCCUCACGCGCAGCUGCUCUACGAACCUCAAAACACUGAUCGCGAAGGAGCUGAAAACGCAUCCCGACUCGUGGGAUCAUCGUCCCCGCUAUCUCGCUCAUCCUCACAGGCGCAUCCAGCCGACAUGGCCUCAUCCGUGAGCGGCGCGGAGGAAGUGCGCGUGUCGGCGUUGACGCCCCUGAAGUUGGUGGGUCUGGUGUGCGUUUUCCUCGCGCUGUGCCUGGAUGUCGGGGCCGUGCUGAGUCCGGCGUGGGUCACCGCGGAUGACCAGUACCACCUGUCCCUAUGGGAGUCGUGCUGGAAGCCCGUAGCUUCUGAGACCUGGCGGUGCAGCAGCACGCUGGGGACCGAUUGGCAGAUUGCCACACUCGCUUUGUUGUUGGGUGGAGCGUUCCUUAUCCUCCUUUCCUUCCUGGUGGCUCUCGUGUCUGUAUGCAUUCGCUCCAGAAGACGUUUCUACCGACCGGUGGCAAUUAUGCUCUUUGCUGCAGUGGUUCUGCAAGCCUGCUGUCUGGUGCUGUAUCCCAUUAAGUUCAUCGAGACCAUCAGUUUGAAAAUAUACCACGAAUUUAACUGGGGGUACGGUCUGGCCUGGGGAGCCACCAUCUUCUCUUUCGGAGGAGCGAUUCUCUACUGCCUGAACCCCAAAGACUAUGAAGAUUACUAUUAGAAUACCCACGAUGCACUUCAACGUCCACUUCACUGUUGUUAUCGUAGCAGCUUGUGCACUGAACAUUCAUUAUUUUUGCGGACCUGAACUUGAAUUUCCAAAUACAGAGUGCAGAAAAAUGGCAAGCUGUUAGAUACAGAUGAAAUUCACCAAUCUCCUUUAUUCUUAUCCCUUUCCAUCAGCCAAUAAUAAUGCAAUUAAACCCCAUCAUGAAGAUCGUAUUCUUUUUUUAGUCUGUCAUUAUGAUCAAAUCGCUUUUCUUAAGUCAUAUAGGAUGAGCGUCCGACUCCAGAUGUCAGGCUCUUAUGUUCGCAGGAAUACUGCCAGUGAGCGAUACGAUCAGUAGGGAAACCUCCAUCUGUUACGGGAUCUAAAAUUAUUCUGGCAGAGAAUCAGCAUCCUUAUUGACAGAAUUAUGUAAAUUACAAAGGCAAAAUGAAACUCUUAUGGAAUCAUAAAAUGAUAUUAGCAAAUGCACACUGUGGAAAAAAACAAGACUUCUGGUGGGCACCAAGAUGACAGAUGUUACAUUUGCAUGGGCCGGCAGCCAAACAUAAGUUAUCACAGUGAAGAUGGUCAGGACAUAAAGCAAUAGAUCACUUCACAAAGCAUAACCAUUCUUAUGAAACUGAUGUUGAGCACAGAUACGGUACACAUCACAUAUACUAUUACUUUCUCUACAUCAAAGCCUGCAUCUCUCAUUUUCAGUUUAUAAGGGAUUUAGUGAAAGAUACUUUACAUUGUAGUAAAAUCUAGGUCCUGUGGUGUAACCAAGCCUUGCAUAUAGACUAGUUUUUGACUGAGAUCUGAAUGAUCAUAGUCUUAUUUUUGCAUAUGUAUCCAUACAGGUAGUUUAAGACAGACUGUACGGUUGUUUCGUAGCACAGUCAAUCUAUUGUGUGCACGUUAGUGUGUAUGAAUGAAGUUAUGAUUUUUGAGCGAUUGUGUGACUUCUGUUGGGAUUUUUCUGUCCCGAAUGCAGUUGUGACAUUCUGUACUAAUUUAUAUACUAACCAAUAAACAGGUAAAAAGAA